AUGGCGCACAAAGUGAAGAGCAACCACUACGUGGCCACGCACAGGUCCGGCGUGGACUCGCCCUCGUCGGGUGGAUAUUUGCACCGUGCUUCCUCCAGGGAUGAGAACGACAGCCACAGGGCACCAUCCGAGCGGACCUUGUCCGAAUACACGACGAUGGACGAGAGAACGAGGUCACCGUCCGGUGGCGGCUCCGGCGGUGGCGACCAUCGCAACGGCAGGCGUCACCACCACUCCAACGGCUCGCCUAGGGCCGACUCGGAUGUCUACGUGACCAGCGGCGCUUACCGGCCGCCUUCGGAAAUAAGCCGUCAAUCCCGGGCACCACGCAGCGUCUACUCGUACAGAAGCGCCGUGGCGCCCUCUGUCGCCUCCACACACCGAUCCAAGGUCUCGAGAAAGGCUGGUGUCAAAGUUGACGCGAUGGCGGCACCCAACCCGUUCUGCCCCAACGUGAAGGGAAUGUGCUGCCUCAUGCUGCUUCUCAACCUUGGCCUCAUCCUCGUCACCCUGGGCUUCGUCAUUGUGCUGCAGUUCUUCGAGCCGCUGUUCGUUUGGAUUCUCGGUAUAGUCUUCCUGAUAUUCGGCUUCAUCACGCUAGUCGGCAGCCUGAUAUACUGCGUGGUGCUCUGCCGCGAGAAUCCCUAUCCCCGAUACCCGGACGACUUCUACUGGACCCACCACUGGUCGAAGACCAUAGGGCCGUCAGAGAUCCACUACAGCGCAAGCGAGAAGCCGUACCGACAGAACGGCCACAGCGACCGCUACAACAAAUACAACGGGAAAUAUUCCGAUCGAGAGAGCGCUAAAGGCUACUCCGACAGAGAGAGCAAAUUAAGCAGGUAC